AUGCAUUUUUACGAUAGUUCACAGAUCCCAUUGUCUACUAAUAAACGCACUAUUAUCCCACAAGAUAUUGGAAACCUUGCCAAGAAUAACGGAAUUUGUGUUGAAUGUAAAAAUCCAAACACAGGUUUUACUUGGUGUAAUAAUUGUGAUGCCAAAACUGCAGAAGAGAAGCUUGUUUCAAGUGGAAAUGAUAUCAUUGAUAAUUUUAUAAAAAAUCAUGUGAAAAAGGCCAAUGACUAUGAAGAGUAUUGGGAAUGGAUUCCGUCUGAGCGCAUUGAAGAUAUUGGAAUCAUAAAUAAUCUAUUUAUGGGUACAUGGUUAGCUGGAGAAAAAAUUUUAAUUGAUCAAAAUGAUGCGUUCACAAAAGCUCGGGCAGGUUCCACUAAAGCAAAUUACAAUCGUCGUUCUCAAGAUCCCUCAUUUCCAAAAAUUUAUGGACUGUCAUUUUUACCAGUCUUUCAAAAAUAUGCAUAUGUGAUUGAAUACAAUCGAAACCUUGAUAUUUCUAAAAUUAGUCAACUUCUAAGAGUAAAAACAAAUCGAUUGCAAAGGAUUUCUGAGAAAAUUAAUAGAACUGUCCACCAGAUUAAUUGUCCUGUUGAUUAUUUUUGUAGAAUAGUUCCUGGAUCAGAAAAUUAUUUUCCUAGAACUUGCAUGAUUUCUCUUCCUAACUUUAAAAGACUUAUUGAUUUACAAGUUGAAACUCAAAAUGAGUUGAUCAAACAUAUCUCAAAAUCUGGUUCCUUCUCUAACGAACCUCUAGCGAAACAAAUAAAAGAAAUGUCAUUCAAGGAUCUUUUAAGAGUUGUAGAAUAUUCAAAUUUGGACUCUGCGCCGAUCUUAACAGUUUAUUUGAAAAAAUUUAUUGAUUGGGAUCAUAAAAUAAACAAGAAUCUACGAGAGCUGCAAAUCCAAUCACAAGCCUCUUUAUCAAUGCUUUAUAUAAGAUACUCAUUAACAAAAUUAGAAGAUAUGAGGGAUGAAACAUUGACGCCACGUCACCUAAAAGUUAUAGAUAGAAUUUUUCGUCGACUUAUAGUUGCUACUGAUAACCAUCUUAAAAAAUUGAUUACAUCAACUAAUGAUAUUUUAUUUGGAGUAUUGAAUUCGCAAGCUAUUCAAUCAGAGAUUGGUAGCAUUGUUGAAAAAGAAAAGGAUAUAAUUGUAAAAGAUCACAACAAUGUGAUUUCCGAAUUGUGGUCAAUUUUUGAUGGUCAAAUCAAUACAAUUAUUUUUGACAGAAACUUGAAACUUCUUGAAGAAUUUGACGAUAGAAAAAAAUUGAUGGUUGAUUCAAUCAUGAACAUUAAACAUCAGUUAAAGUUAUUUGAAACGCAAUUAAACGUUUUAAGCAGUGGAAUCGACAAGCCACUCCUCGUAGAUAUUCCAUUUGAAUUGCAUUUGGCAAGUAUGAAAAAUGCAUUGUUACUAUUAAAUAAUUGGAAAAAGUGA